AUGGAGAAACAUUCCAAAAAACUCCGGGAAGAUCAGAGCCCAGGAACCUGGGAUAUUGGCACGUUCAUGCGCCAGCCUGCUAAGCCCGCACCAACAAAAAUGGCGCCGGUGGCAGCCUCCACCUCGGCCUCAUUAGACAAGGAGAGCCUACCAGACCAGCUACCCAGCUUCUCCAAGGUACCUGCGGCCACCCAAGAGCCCCCUGCGGGGGGAGACACUGCCCCCUCGACUAAGGCAGAUAUUAAGGCCCUACUAUAUGACAAACAGGCUAUCCAGGUGGAUGUGGCAGGUGUGAGGGAGGAGGUGGCCACACUUACUGACAGGCUUUUCACCAUGGAGGACGACAUGGGCACGUCGAAAGAUCAGCAAAAGAGCAGCACUGACAUGCUCAAUCGUAUGGCUAACAUGGAGGACAAGAUAAAGGCGAGAAAUUUGAAAAUCAGGGGGGUCCCAGAGACCAUAACUACUGAAGAAUUGUCUCAUUUUAUUCAACAACUCCUCUCCACACUGCAGCCCUCAAAACAGGCAAAUAGGUCACAAAGGACCAUUGCUUUUGGUUGCCUAAGGCCCCUAGAGCCCCACCUGAGACAUCCAGGGACAUUCUGUUUAAAUUUGUUAGGAACUCUGACAGAGGUGCCAUUCUGGUGGUGACCAGAGAUUCCCCUACCACAGCAUUUGAGGGUCACCAACUGUUGUUCUACAGGGAUGUAUCCUGCCAUACCAUUGCCUGGAGGCAAUCCUUCCGCCAACUUACCCAGCACCUACGGGAAAGCAAUGUGCCAUACAAAUGGGACAUACACAAGCUUAUUGUUGAAAAGGGUGGCAAGACUCACUCACUUACUCACCUUUCCAAGGCGCGCCGCCUACCAUGGGAAUUGGGACUACCUGAGGACACCUUCACCACACCGCAACAGCCCUCAUAGUCGGUCGACCAUUCGUCCUGAGAGUAACCGCAACGGGGUCCCGUGACUCGCCACCCUCAUGA